AUGAACCAGGUAAAUAACGAAUACUCUAUCUCGGAGCGAACACAUACAUAUCGUCGUAGGUCCUUCUCUGACCGCGAUGAGCGCAAGAAUCACACUGCACGUCAUCGCCACCAUCAUUCGCCGCCUCCACCUCAUACACACCAUCAGCCUGUAAUGAAAUUUAAUGCAGAUUUUUGGAAGCAGGAUUUCAAGCGGAAUGUCAUGAACGCUCUGUUCAGAGAAGAACGGUUUAAAGAGUUUCAGAAACGACGAUGCUUAGACCAAGUAAUGGAUGUCGAUGAUGACGACGACGAGUGGCUAGAACAGCAAAAGUUAAUUCAUAACAUAGUACAAAAUCAGUGGUCCACGCAGCAAUCGACUUUCGAUGGGAUGUAUCCAAUGAACAUUCCUAAUGGACUUGAGGCACAGCAACAACAACUAAUACUACAACAGCAGGCAGCUUACGUAGAGCACCUGCCGACAGAGAUUGCACAGGCAGUAGUUGAGAAGAAGUUGCCACCAGAAUUUUAUACGUACCGACAGAACAAUUCGCAAAACAGAUUAUUUGAUUGA